AUGGUUAGGCCUGGCUCCAAGGGACUUCUGCAGGUUCGGCUGCUCGACACCUCCCCUUGUGUGGAGGCUUAUGCUGCGGCAUCAUCAACAGCAGCAGCAGCUGCAGCAUCAGCAGCAGCAGCAGCGACAGCAUCAGCAGCAGCAGCAGCAGCAGGUGUAACGGCAGCAGCAGCAGCUGCAGCCGGCCUGCUUCCCUCCCUCGCGAUGGAUCCCUCCCAAGGCGGUCCAUCAAGUUGCUGCCCUUCGUCAGCAGGAGGAGCAGCAUCCUCCGAAGCAGCAGCAGCAGCAGCAGCAGCAGCAGCAGCAGGUGUUGAUGGGCAGGAUCAUGAGAAGUUGCUGCUGCUGCUGCAGCAGCAACUGGAGUGUCUGUACACCGACCCUGACCCUAAGAAGAAAGCAGCAGCAAACAAUUGGCUGUUAGAGUUCCAGCGAUCUGCUGCUGCUUGGGGUGUAUCCCGUCUGCUGCUGCUGCAGCAGCAGCAGCAGCUGCAGCUAGUAGGAGCACAGACACUGGCAUGGAAGAUAGAUAACGAGGGAUGGUCAUUGCCGCAGCAGCACAAGGAUGAGCUUGCUGCUGCACUCUUUGAUUGUAUUAUGCGCAUGCAGCAGCAGCAGCAGCAGCAGCAGCAGCAGCAGGAGCAUCUAUGGUGCGCCGUAGGGGGAAGACUUGGCCAUUGUCUUGCUGCUCUUGCCUUCCAAAGGAUAUGCGAUCUGCAGCAGCGGCAGCAGCAGGACGAUGAGGAGCAGCAGCAGCAGCAGGAUGAGGAGCAGCAGCAGCAGCAGCAGCAGCUGUGGGGCCCUUUAGCGGAGAUAAUGUAUUUUGGCACUCGCAACAGUGAUACAGAGCAGCAGCAGCAACAGCAGCAGCAGCAGCAGCAGCAACUUGCAUGCAGCGGCAGCAACAGCAGCAACAGCAGCAACAGCAGCAACAACAUGAAUUUAGAUUGGUGUCUAUGGGCAACUGCAGCAGGAACAAUUGAUGAUAGUAACAGCAGCAGCAGCAGCAGCAGCAGCAGCAGCAGCAAACAGCAACAACCAUUUGCUGGUGCUAGCAGAGAAGAGCUGCUGCUGCUGCAGCAGCUGCUGCGUGUCUUUGAUAUGUUAGCUGACGAAGUACAGGAAAUCCUGCAGCAGCAGCAGCAGCAACAGCAGCAGCAGCAGCAGCAGCAGCAGCAGCAGCAGAUAUACGAGGCACGGAGCAGCAAGACAGCAUUAUUAGUACGUUGGGGUGGUGUAUUAUUAACAUUAGUGGAGGGUCAGCCACAGUUGCUGCUGCAGCCAGCAGCAGCAGCAGCAGGAAGGUUGCUGCUGCUGCUGUGGCGCCUAAAUCCAUCUACAUGGAUAAGGAUAUCCGGCUUCUGGGGUCAGGUAAAGGAGCAGCGGCGUGACGGGUUAGUGCAGCAGGAGCUGCUGCAGCAGCUAAUUGCUGCUGCUGCUCCUUGUUGUGUAUCUAGUCUGCUGCAGCAUGGCAGCAGCAGCAGCAGCAGCAGCUUCUGGCAGCAAGAUGAUGGAGGGGAAUGGGCUGCAUUCAUGGAGGCAGCAGGAGAUGUAUUAGCUGAUUUGCUGCUGCUGUCCGAGGCAUGCAGUCAGCAGCAAGCACUAGAGUUCCUGCUGCUGCUUGCUGCGCUGCUAAUGCAUGCAAUAGAGCAGCAAGACUGCAGCAGACUGCAGUGCUUGCUGCUGCUGCUUGAUUCCCUUGUAGAGACACUUAAUGGUAUACCCCAACCUUUUGCUGCUGUGCUGCUGUCCCUUGAUCGGUUGCCGCAGCAGCGUGCUGUUGCUGCUGCUGCUGCGCUGCUGCUAGGUAAGGUGGCUAUACACUUUACGGAGGAAAUGUCUUCUUCCCUUUCUUCUUCUUUUUGCUGCAGCAGCCCGCUGCUCUCAGCUAUCUGGGUUGCUGCUGUUCGCUGCAUCACCAGUUUGCUGCUGCUGCAGCCCGUGCUGCUGUCCGAGGCGCUGCUGCAGCUCACUACAUGGGGAGGACACCAUCUAGGCUUCCCGCUGCUGCAGGAUGCAAUAGAUCUGCAGCAGCAGCAGCAACAGCAGCAGCAGCAGCAGCAGCAGCAGUUGGGGUUCCAGUGGUCGGACCCUGAGCUGAAAGAGGCAGCAGCUGCAGCUGCUAAUGCCGCUAAUGCUGCUGCUGCUGCUGCUUCUGCAGCAGCAGCAGAAACAGACCCCGCGCUGCUCGCUAGCAGGCGGCUGCAGCAACUGCAAGAGUUUCAUCAGUUUGUUGCUGCUGCUGCACCGCAGCAGCAGCCACAGGUUGAUGGCACCCUGCAUGCAGCUGUUGUUAAGUUGCUGCAGCACUUCCCUCCCCAUGAGAUGGCCUCCCUCUUCUGUCAGCUGCUGCAGCCAACAGCAGAUGGCAUCCGUAGCAGCAGCAGCAGCAGCAACAGGCAGCAGCAAGCAGCAAGACUGCUGGCUCGAUUAGAUUGCUGCGCUGCUGCGCUAUACUCAGGGAAGGUGGAAGUUUCAAGGUGCCCUGCAGCAGCAACAGCAGCAGCUGCUGCUGCUGCUGGCAGCAGCGACUCAAGCGCAGCAAGCGAUUGUCUCGUGCUGCUGCUGCUGAGGUCACCAUCAGAGCAGCAGGAGUUUCUUCAGCAGCACGGAUCUGGGUGCUCCCUGCAGCAACAACAACAACAACAACAGCAUGCUGCUGCUGCUGCUGCAGAUAAGAAUACCCCCUUGUGGCCACAUCUGCUGCAGCUAAUACUAGAUGUGCUGCUAAACAAUGCAGCAGCACUACCGCGUGCAUGCGGAGGGGGAGAGAGGUUAUCCUUCUCUGUGCUGCUGGAGCUGAAGCCACGGCAGCAGCAGCAGCAGAAGCCAGAGUUAUAUUAUUAUCAUCAUUACCAGCAGCAGCAACUGCAGCAGCUGCAGCAGCAGCAGCAGCAGCAAACAGAGACAGGAGGUGUCCUAUUCGUACGCGCUCUUAGAUGUCUACGCUUGCUGCUGGCAGUCUUAGGCUGCAGGGAGGAAGCACAAGACAUGUGGGGUGCUGUAAUAGCAUUGGUGGAGUCGUGUCUGUCUGCUGCUGCUGCUUCGCUGCAGCAGCUGCAGCAGCAGCAACAGCAGCAACAGCAACAGCAGCUGCAACAGCAGCAAGCACUGCAGCAGCAACAUCAUGCUAGAGCUGUUGCAGCAUCUGUGGCGCUACAGGGCUGCUGCGUUGUGCUGCUAUCCGAUCUGCUGCGCAUAACAGCAGCAAACCGCCCGCUGCAGCAGCUCGUGCUGCAGCGAGUAGCUAGCGAUGGUGCUGCUGCUGUUGAGCUGUAUAUACACCUCAGCAGGCAGCUGCCACAAGACAUGACAGAUGCAUACAUCCCUCUUCUUGAGUUCCUCUCUGCCCUUGCCUCGGCUUCAGGCCAGCAGCACCAGCAGCUGCUGCUGCAGCAGCAGGAGCGGCAGCAACAGCAGCAGCAACCAGCAGAAGCAGCAGCAGCAGCAGCAGCAGCAGCAGCAGAGGGAGGUUUCUUUGGGAGUCGUACUUACGAGGAUUCUUUGCUGCUGUGUGCAUUAAUAUUAAAAGGAGAUGAUGCAGAUGUAGCAAAAAAAUGUUUAAGUUAUCUGCAUAUAUGCUGCUGCUGCUGCCCGAAGCAGCAGCAGCAGCAGAUGGAGAGGCAGCUGCAGCAUUUGCUGCCAGCACUCCUAAGCUCCUUAGGGGUGUGGGGUAUAGAGAGCUUAGGUGUCCUAUGGAAGUUAUUUGCUGCUUGGGGGCAAAUGUUUAAUAGUACGUUGCUGCUGUGUGUCUCUGCCUGGUUAAACGAUAGCAGCAGCAGCAGCAGCAGCAGCAGCAGCAGCGGUAGUAGUGGUAGUGGUGGUAGUAGUAUUAGCGGCAUGGAUGGCAGUAGCAGCAUCGUGAGAACGGGCAGCAGCGGGAGCAUCAUCUGCAGCAGCAGUAGCAGCAGCAGCAAGAGGUCGCCGCUGCAGGAGCUGGAGCCAAUGCAGCAGCAGCUGCUGCUGCAGUGUCUGCAGACAUUUAGGGGACCAAGGGUUAGGCAGCUGCUGCAGGACAUGUGUCUCCUUGCUGCUCGAGCAACAUCUCCUGCUGAUGUCCUCGUAGCUUAUGAGUUUACUCUACAAGAUACGCAUGCAAACAAACAAACAGCAGAUGCAGCAGCAGCAACUGCAGCAGCAGCAGCAGCAGCAGCAGGAGGGACGGGGACAGCCCAAAAGCCCAUCGAGUUGUAG